GAAAAACUGUGAUUAGAGUUUGGCUAAAGUUCUAAUAAGUACUAAAACCCUGAUAUUUAAGUUUGUUGUUGGGUUUUAUCCGAAUAUACAGCGUCUCGGGGAGUGAAAAUAACUUUAACGAGAUGGAGAGUGAAGUUCAGAAGGAGGAGGACGCCACUCUUGCUAAAACGUCGCCUGAUCCUUCACUUUUAGAGGAUGACGUGUCGGCCUGUCCCCUCUUUCAAGGCCUAGAUGAGAUGCUGUCACUGGGGAAAAUGAGUGCAGACAAAGCGGCCAAGUUGAAAGCGCUCUACAGUGAGAUGAGUGAAGCACUAAAGAGUGCCCAGGAAUCAGAGUUAAAGCUUUUGGAAGAGACGAAGAAGUUCCGUGCCGACCUAAAGAAGAUUCAUGCCGACUUGGAGAGAACAGAAGAGCCGAAUACCUCCGAGGAGCCCACCAGUGAGGCGGACAGACUGAGGCUUCAGCUCCUGCAGGCGUUCAAUGAGCUGAAAGCAGUGGAGGACAGGGACUACAUGACACAGCAUCAGCUCAAGUGUCUCCGGGAAGAGAAGCGGUAUCUGGUGAAGGAGAACAACAUUCCGCUCCAACCUGAUGAGGAGAUGGAGAGCACCACAAAGACCCUCCAGGACAAAUGUGAGGAACUUCAAAAAGAGGUGGCCCAAAGACAGGGGGAAGUCAGAAGUCUGAUGGACGAUAUGGCAACCCAUCAAACGCAGUUAUUGCAGGAACAGAACGAGCUGGAAGACAUGAGGAAAAUCAUGGAGCUGAAAGAGGCCGAGAAAGCUCAGCUCCUCGCCGCACCUGAGCAGAUUUUAAAAGAGAUUGGAGGGAAACGCUCCAAGAGGGAAGCCGCAGUGAAGGUGCUAGAAGCAAUGGACGCCGAGGUUUCCGACAUCAAGCGGCAAGCCAGGGAGGUGAAGGAGCACAACCGCCUCCUCGGGGCACAAAAGGAGGAGCUCGCCAAGGAGCUGGAGGCUCUCAAGGCUCAAGCGGAGGCCUUUGAGAGGAGGUGCGGGCAGCUGGAGAAAGAGCAGGAGGUCAGCAGGGAAGAAGAGGCGGAGCUAAUGGGGCACAGAGGGAUCCUGGAAAUGAAGUUGCAGAGUAUCACGUGCGAGCAUAAGCUUCUGUUCAAGAGUCAAUCCAUGCAGCUCAGAGAGAAAAAAAGGCAGAUGCAAGCCUUCAAGAGGAUGGAGCGAGCGCUGACCAUGGCCACCGAGCAGCUUCAACACACGCAAUCUACCUGCGCCCACCUGCAAGCACAGUUAGAGCCUCUUCCAAAAAGAGGGGCCAGAGUCGCGCAGAGGAUGGCUCUUCAGAAAGAAGUGGAUGCUCUCAAAGUCAGCUUUGAAAAACAGUUGUCAAGAAGCAAAGAAGCCAGCCAGAAGCAGCAGCAGUAUGGGAUCAUUCAGGAGCUGCUGAGGGAGUCAGACGGCCUGAGAGAAGAACUGCAUCAUCUCCGCUGUCUCACAUACAUUAAAGCAGAGGAGAGGGGCCACAAGCACCGGGAGAUGUUACGAGCUCAGCAAAUGAACCAACACAUCCGACAGGAACUGCAAGAGAAGGAGCUCAUCGCCAUGCACCACAGCAAGCUGAGUGCUAUGCUGCAGCGCAGACUGCUACAGUACGGCGAACUUUGCGACGCAAUCACCGAGGAGAAAAAUAAGUAUGUCAAGCUAAAGCAAAUUGCCUCGGAGAGCCUCGCCGAGUUACUGGAGCAGGUGAAGGUGCUGGAAAAUGAGCUGCAGAUCCAGAAAAGUAUUGUGACCAGGAAGGACAGGUUACUGAGGAAAGUUGAUAUGAAGAUCUCCAAAAGCAGCAAAAUGAAGGAUAAAUUACGCAACAACAUCAACAAGGUUGCUUGGCAGAGCCGUCAGGUGAGUCAGGAGCGUGAGGACAUUGAAGUGGAGUUACGGAGGCUGAGGCAAACCAUCAGCCACCAGGAGCAAGCACUUCUCCAUAUGAACAAGACCCAGGAAGGAAUCGUGCAGCGGCGCAAUCUGCUAGGCAUCCAGCUGCUGGAGCACGAGGAGGUGUUGUUCGACUACCAGAAGAAGGUGAACAUGCAGGAGGCGGCCAUCACCGAGGGCGACCUGGAGCUGGAGAACCUGGAGAAGGACAUGAGAGAUUUGAAGUUGGCCAUCAGCGAGUUGACCAGACAGAUCGGCUUCAAGGGGAAGGAGGUGCUGGUCCAGAAGGAGCUGGAGGAGCAGCUGACCAUGCUGCAGAUAGAGCUGCUGGAGGCCAGAGAUCAGAAGCUGGACAACCUGAUGAAAACAACAGAUUAUAAAGAGCUAAAAGGCUCCGAUCCUUCGUCUUCUGACCUGGUCAAGAAGAUUGAGAAGCUGGAGGCCAACCUCGCCGAUAGAGAGAGGCAGCUUUCAGACAAAGAGCUGCUGGUGGAUCAGGUGACCCGGCUCUCCAAGUCACUCCAAGAACAGAACCAAAACUGCCACCAGGACAGACUGUUGCUGGCCAAGAAGUUGAAUGAGAUGCGGACACACAUCAUCGACACCAGCCGUCGUCUGAUGGCCACGUCUGCCCAACUGUCAAUGAAGCAAGCGGCCGUCUUGUGCCUCCAGCAGGAAAGCAAAGAGAAAGAGCUCCAGAUGGACAGGUGUCAGAGGCGGCUGGAGCAAGGCCUGCCACCCUGCCCCGAGAUGGAGGAGGAGUGGAGGAGGAUGCUACGGGACAAGAAGAGGAGACAGAGGGACAAAGAGGAACGAGAGAGGACGGCGGACGAAGACGAGUGGAACCAGUUGCCUAACGGUCAGUUCACCACCGCCGAGAGCCGGCCCGACGCCUACGUUCCCCAGACGGACGAUCUCCCUCUGCCCAAGCCCUACGGAGCACAGGCCCCCUUCAAGCCCGCCCAGGCAGGUGGCAACAUGAGACACAUACGCAAACCGACGCACCUCAAACCACUAGAGUUGUCGUAAAAAGAUCAAAACACAUUUUUAACUCGAUAAGGUGUGAAUGCUCCAAUGCUAA